AAGAAUGGCGGUAAUAUUGAACACACUUCACGCCAGAGCGGCGACCAGGAUCAGUUUGCGCACGUUUCGGCUAUCGGGCCCAUACAAAGUCACCCGGCCAAACACGUUAAGGUCGUUGAAUACCAACACCACUGCCACCGGUUCAUCACAUUCAUCAUCUAGAUGGUGGCAAAUUUUAUAUACGACGGGAGCGGUGGCCGUCGUGGGCGCUAUCGGCCUGUACUGCGCUCUCAACCAGUCGGUGAAGGCGUCGGGCCUGGAGUUGCAUCCGCCCGCCUAUCCCUGGAGUCACAACGGCUUUAUCAAAGGCUUUGAUCAUCAGAGUAUUCGCCGGGGGUAUCAGGUGUACAGACAGGUAUGCGCCGCCUGUCAUGGCAUGAAGUACGUGUCCUAUCGGGAACUGGUGGGUGUGUCCCAUACGGAGGCCGAGGCCAAGCAGGAGGCCUCAGAGAGCCAAGUGCUGGACGGCCCGGACGACACCGGGAAGAUGUUUCUACGGGCGGGCAAACUGUUCGACCGCUUCCCGUCGCCCCAUCCCAACGAAGAGGCCGCCCGCGCGGCCAACAACGGCGCCCUUCCGCCCGAUCUCAGCGUUAUUGUGCUCGCACGAGACGGCGGCGAGGACUACAUAUUCUCGCUGUUGACCGGCUAUAUGGAGGCGCCGGCGGGUGUGGUGUUGGCCGACGGCAUGCACUUUAACCCGUACUUUGUGAGCGGUUCGGGAGCCAUAGGUAUGGCACAGGCGUUGUUCAGCGAUAUGAUUGAGUACUCAGACGGGACGCCCGCCACUCAGAGCCAGUUGGCCAAAGAUGUGGUCACUUUCCUGUCGUGGGCCGCGCAGCCCGAGUUCGACACUCGCAAAAAGGCCGCCAUCGAUGUG